UCGCACGUAAACACACAUUCGUCGGUCACUCUCCCCGCCGAUCGCGUUUACGGUAGCUUCCAAUCCUCUUAGUGCCUUUGUCAGUUGAAGGUUUGGUCACUUGAGUUCUGUGCCAUGGCGCCCCUGGACAAAAUUGCUGAUAAUAUUGUUAAAAAAGCCGACAGCAAAGAGGAGGUCAGAAUGGGCACCUUUUGGUCAGAGGGCAGCUGCGUCCUGUUUUUCCUGCGAAGAUUUGGAUGAGCGUUCUGUCGGGUGGCAUCCAAAGAGCUCAGCCUCUUGGAGCCACAGCUCAGCCAGGUUGGCGUCAGGCUCAUCGGCAUCGGCCUAGAGGAACUAGGGGUGGAGGAAUUCCUCAAAGGAGAAUUUUUCAAAGGCGAAUUAUAUAUUGAUGCAGACAAGAAAUGCUACAAAGCUCUGGAAUUUAAGAAGUUAUCUGCUCUCUCGCUGUUCCCUUCGCUACUUGGAAAGGAUUCUAGAGAAGGAAUAAAAAAGAGCAAGGAGAUGGCAGUAGGUGGUGACACGAAAGGAGACUGGUAUCAAACAGGUGGAUUACUUGUAGUGACAGAAAAGGGAGAAAAAGUUCCCUUUGAAUUUAAGCAGAAGAAUGCUGCAGAUCAUGCUAGUAAUGCUGAUAUUUUAAAGGCCUUAAAUUUAGAUCCUUCUUCAGCCCCUAAAGAACAGGAGGUUGAAGGGGCAGCGGCAACUAAGGGUGAAGAGGUCAAAUGUGAAGAAGUGUGUGCAAUGCCUGCAAAAACCUAGUGUGAAUGAAACAGUAAAAUUUUAAUAUUUUAGUGAAAGUGAAUAACAUUUAUUUUACUUUUUUAAUAUUUUCUGUUAUUUGUUUUGUAAUAUUGUACAUUCAAGUGAACAGUUCUGUAAGGGUCAAAACUCUCAUUUUAUCUUGUCUUGAAAUAUAUUUUUAAUUUAUAUUAUAAAGUCAUAGUAUCAAUAACUUUGUUAGUUUACCAAUCAUUAAUUCAAACAACCAUUUGGUAACAAAUUUAAAGUAAAAAGAUAAUUUUUACUUGAGAAUCAAUAAGAACAAAAUUUUUCUGCAGUUCACAAAAUGUGACAGUUUUUUUAUCAUGCCACGUACAUUUCAUAUUUGUGGAAAAUUUUUGAGUCUCAUCCCAAG